AAGGCGAAUCUCUUGUCACAAUAUCGCACACCGGUCCGCAUUCAUUUUAUUCGCCAUUUUUAGGGUUUUAUUUUCAGAUAGGUAACGUGCCGUACCGCACCAGCCUGGUUCCGAAUCGGGUCGGACAGGCCAGUGGAAAAGGGGAGGUCUCCCAUCCAAGUACUGACCAGGUCCAGCCCCGCUUAGUUUCUGAGAUCUGACCAGAGCCGGCUUUCAGGGUGGGAAGGCUGUGAAGCAUCUUGUUUUGUAAGGUUGCAUUUGAAACCUUGGCUGGGACCAACUCAAAAUGACAACCCGCUCACCUCACUUAUCAAAACUGUAUUUCAUAGAGUUAUCUUUCUCUUUUUUGUAAGUAUCUCAUUUCUUCUACUCAUAAAAAGAAAACGCUAUUGAAUACAGUUUUGUAAGUGUGAUUAGCGGGUUGUCAAAGUUUUGAUUUUGCCAUAUGUAUUCAAUAUAAAUCACACCGCAUUAAUACAAUGAAACUUACGCGUCGUGACCUGUAUUGCAUUCUAACUUUGUUCUGUAUUGUAUUCCUUUUAGAAAAGUGUCGGUAAUUUGUGUUGAAGCCGCUGAGCCCACGUGCCUGUAAAACUUUCAGUUUUGUUUUCAGAAAAAAAGCAGCUGCGCGGAAUAAGGCUUGUGAAAUAUGAUGAAAUAGUUUUCAGUACCGGUAGUAGCUAUAACAAGCUCGCAGGUUCCUGUUCCCGAACGGACGUCUGAAGUACCGUAUCCCAGGCAGAACGAAAACCAAUUUAAAAACACCCAAAUAAAAAAAAAAAAUAGCUCUCCUCCAUUUGAAACUUACCAGCAGAACUCAUGGAUAAGACUCCCCAAGCAUCCGUCGCCCCUGUGGAACAUAAAGUGUCUAGGAAGUCACAUUGAGAUUAAGACCUCUUUCACAGGCGAGACCCAGCCAAGAAAGGCAACAGCAACACAGUACGAAACUACAGAGUGCAUUAAAACACAGGCAAGUCACACUCAGAACAGGAAACAAAUCAUUAAAAGUCAAAACUGGUGGACUAGUUAAAACACGCACAACUCUCAGUCAGAAAACCAUGCAGCUUAAUCUUAGAUUGGACUACCCAGCUAACCAUAUAGGGUUGUGGGGAUAUUGCAACAAUAUUGCACUUCUGCUUUGGCAAUGGAACAAAGUCAUGUACUAGCCAUGCAAAUGGGUAGACUCCAGGGGGAGCUGUCAAAACAUUGGACAAUAACGUAUAAUGACAUGGUCUAACAACCACAUGGUCAAUCACAUUGAAACAAUGUUGCACUUCGGUUGCAAUAACAGAACAAUACAACGUAUGGCCAUGCAAAUCUGUAGACUCCAGGGGGAGUUAUGAAAACAUUGGACAAUAACGUUGCAAAAUGACAUUUAUAGCACUACAGUCCCUUACCAUAUAUCACCCUUAUAUCAGCCAUUGUAAUAAUAAUCAUUAAUAAUCACGUGUUCCUAUGUGUUGCUACAGCUGUUUAAAUGAGGUGUGUGUUUUGUGUUAGAUAUUUUUACCACUUUUUUUACAUUUUUAAAUUUCCGUUCAGUUUCCAAGAUGGCGUCUCAGGUACCCUUCAGGAGAAUUUCAGAACUACUUUUCCCAUGAUCCUCCCAUUCACGUAUGUAUGAUGGGGAUGAUAGGGAAAUGUAGUUCCUGAAAUACUCCUGAAGAGUACCUGAGACGCCAUCAGUUUCCUACAGCUGUGUCUGUUUUGAAUACAGCUUAGUUUGUGUGAGAAGAAACCAAGCUUGUCAUUGAGCAAUCUUUAGCUAUCAGAAGCAUAAUCAACAAGUACAGAGAAACAUCUGUAAUUGACAAGCCCAGGACUGGAAGACCCAAAAAGCUGUCUGACAAGGAUGAGCAGUACUUGAAGAUAAGAUCCUGAAGGACAGAGGCCACUUUCCAGUUGUUGGUCGUCUCACAUACUGUCUUCGAUUAGAUCCACCUUAGACCAUUGUUUCAUAGUCCAGUUUCUGUGUCCUUGUGCAGAUUUGAGCCUUUUAGUCUUGGUCCAUUUGUUAACACAGGUUUUCUAACUGCAACACAUCCUGAUUUCACAAGCGACCUUUGUACUGUUGAUGGAUGGGCGACAACAUGCCCCCCCCCCCCUUAGAAAUGGAUUCUUAUUGUGUCCUCGUCACCCCGAAACAUUGAAGCCAUCAGUGCAGGUACGAAAGUCUGGCACGUGAUUGGCUUAAAGGGUGGCCUCAGAGCAUCAUGGUAUCAGAUCUCUCAGCAUAGCAGUGUUUCAGAGUGAGAACAUGGAAACUCUUAUUGCUGUCUGACUGUACUGUACGCGGUGAUUUUCUUUUGGUGAAUUACGGCAGCAAAGCCCCCGCGACACUGAUCGCUGCAUUGUUCCUUUGUUAGGGUGAAGGAGAAUGAAUUGAUGCCCCCUUCCCUGAUUCGGAACGGCAGUGGAAUAAGAUCCUAGCGCAGCGCUGCUUGUUUUUUAUUCCAUGCAGCGAGCAGCAGCUGCACUCACUCUCUGCGCUCUCUCAUAUGAAAUGCACAGCACUCUGAAUGGUCGUGACGGGGUGCAGAUGUGGGAUGUUUUCCCAGGCCUCCAGAGUUGGUGUUGGGUUUCGUUGGGUUUCAAGACUAUGAGGAAGGCAGUCGUGUUCCACCAUUGUUCCAAAUAAACACUAAAAAUAGAGUCCCAACAGAGUGGCCCGAUGGUUAGUUGAAGACAGGGAGGUAGUAGGGGCAGCAGUGUGGAGUAGUGGUUAGGGCUCUCGACUCUUGACCGGAGGGUUGUGGGUUCAAUCCCCAGUGGGGGACACUGCUGCUGUACCCUUGAGCAAGGUACUUUACCUAGAUUACUCCAGUAAAAACCCAACUGUAUAAAUGGGUAAUUGUAUGUAAAAAUAAUGUGAUCUCUUGUAACAAUUGUAAGUCGCCCUGGAUAAGGGCGUCUGCUAAGAAAUAAAUAAUAACAUUUGAGCCUUCUGCCAGUUCUGUUGUCAAUUCAAUGCUUGUAUUCUUUCUAUUCCUGAAGGGUAUUGUGUAAGGUAUAAACCACGGCGGGCGGUUCUCAUCAUAUGUACCAUGAGUGGGCCUUUAACCACCCCAGAAGUGGUAUAUAUCAUCAGAACAGCAUAGCCCGAAGUGGUUUAUACCAUUUCUAACACGGCUACCUGUCAUUUGUGGGAAGAAAAAUAAUUAAAAUGUAUUUAAAUUAAGACAAAACCAGAAACUUUGAUUGUGUAUCCAUCCGCAGUGUAAUAUAGUCCCACAUUGAAUGUAAUUCAUUAUUUGCUUUAAAAAUAAAUUGCACAUGUUCGUUUAUUGUGAAUUUCUGCAUCGAAAGUGCCAUUUCACUAGAAACUAGAGGACUGAGAACAAGCUGUGAUGAUGGGCAGAGUUUCAGACGACAGUAAGGAAGGGGAGCAGCUGUGAUGGCGACUGAAGCCGGAUCAUAAAAGCGAGCUUGUGAACUCGUUGUAUGCAAGGCACACAUAUUCUAGUACAUUUUCAUCCUUUUGGAUCUCAAAAUCUGUUUUUUUAGUUGUCGGACACCCUUGCGUCCCGCAGACACUUCAAAUCCAGGCCGGUGAUUCAGGAGCUGGUGUCUGGCCUUGUCUUUACCUGCUUUUCUAACAGUUUUCAUGAUAAAUAAAUAAAUUAUUGCUGGUUUUAAACUCACGGUCAGCAGAGAUGUUAAAACUUUUACUGUUAAAAUAUGGAUUUAUUCCAGCUCAGCAUUAUACAACGGGAGACUGAAUAGAGGUCCCCAGUUGAGCUUCUUGCAUAAAAUUCCCUUAAUGAUUUUUUGGACAUAAUUUCCAUAUUUUUUCUUUAAGUACAUUAACCAGCCCAUGCUGUAGUUUUUGAUUUUUUUUUCAAUCUUUGUUUUCUUCUGUUUCAUUUAGCUGUUCCUCAUCUACUGUUAUGGGUCUACUCUUACUGGAGCACUUAUUUUAUUUAUUUAUUUUCAAAUGACUGCUGUCUUCACUCACAUAAGUUGGUGUUGUACCAGUUAUGUGGAAAAUAGUUAAUAGGUGAAAUGCCACUCAUUUUUGGCAGUGGAUUUGUAACUAAUAACAAAUAAAAUGGCAGUUUGUCAUGGAAUUUAGAAAGCAGUGGUGCGUAGUGAUUUAUUCAGUGUGAAGCGGCUCAUUAGUAUGCAAGCUGUGCUAUACGCUAUAUAUACGCACGGUCAUGUGAUGCUGUUUAACCAAUCAGAGGUUGUUAUUUCUUCUUGUAAUCAGGUGCUUCAUUGCAUAUUCUUCCUGGGUCACAUUCACAAAAAUCCUGUUCCACCGGAGAGCUUCUUCACCACAGAAGAAAACAUACAGCAGUACAAGGAGCUGUUCCCCAGGGCGUUCCAGCAGUAUGCCAACCAUCUACCCACCCGCACCCCCUUUUCCAUCCUGCUUGCUCUGGUUUUGAGGAGGAACGGUUCUACAAACAGUAAGGCUAUACUGAACAGUCUGGCCCAAAUUAAGAAAGCAUUGCAGGACAAUGACCAAGCUGAAAACAACUACACUCUCACAGCCACGGUCAUCACUGAGUGCUACUUAAAAGAAGAAGGACAGAAGCGGUUCUAUGGCGCGUCCCUGUCUUGUAGUGGCGGUGUAGAGACUAGGGUCAUGAUUGCCCUCUCAUGCAUCCAGACCUGGAACGAGGCUGUAGCACAUGCAGUCUGGAAUACAGAGAAGAAAAGAAAAGGUUACAUCAGAUUUCCAAAAGAUGUGUUUUGCACAGCCUAUAAAAUAGAUCCUGAAUCAGACUCCUAUGUCACGAUAGCCCCAUGUAGUAAAUGCUACACAAUCUUUACCGGCGUCACAUUCAAGCCUCCUUUUUCUGGUGAAAGAGACAGCGAGAGGUUUCGUUUUGGAAACUGUGCUGAAACCGAGUCUCUGAGUCACCUCCUUGAUGCAGAAAAAAAUGUCAGGAAUGAAACUAGAGCUUAUUUAAGUGGAAAAGAGGUCACUGUCGACAGAGCCAGCAUCAUAAAAGAUGCAAAGUUGAAAGCUAAAGAACUGCUGGGACCAAGACAUUUUGAAAUAACGGGUGACAUAUUUAAAUUCUUUCCAGUCACAAUGAACGGGCUGCCUGAAGUCUAACCCUUACUGCAGCAGUGUGGCGUACCGGUUAGGGCUUUGGACUCUUGACCGGCGGGUCGUGGGUUCAAUCCCAGGUGGGGGACACUGCUGCUGUACCCUUGAGCAAGGUACUUUACCUAGAUUGCUCCAGUAAAAACCCAACUGUAUCAAUGGGUAAUUGUAUGUAAAAAUAAUGUGAUCUUGUAACAAUUGUAAGUCACCCUGGAUAAGAGCAUCUGCUAAGAAAUAAAUAAUAAUAAGAAGAAGAACAAUUAGUUGGUUCAUGUAUGAAUAAUGGAGACUUACACAAGAGUUUCAUCAUCCUUUACAUAGAUCGCACUCAAAUAUAUACCCAGAUCCACACAUCCACUGCAUAUUCAACACAGAAAACAAUACACAUUGAAGCCCAUCACUGCCAGUACUCUGUAUAAGUGUUGCAUAAAGUUUAAUUAACCCACUAAAACAAAGAUUUCAAUUAAAAGUGUGAGCAUGAGUAUAAUACACCAAGUUUAAGGUCAGCUUUGGCUAGCAAACACUUGCUGCUAAACUACCCAAAUAGCUCUCUUCUUUUAAAGGUCUAAUUAACAGCGGAUCAUCAAACUAUAAAUAUUAAUACUUACCACUUUAUUUCCAUAUUAGCAUUAAGACCCGGUAUCGUUUUUUUUUUGUUUGUUUUCUCGCAUUCUGGAGCUCAAAUUUAAAGAUUCAAAAAUACAAAUGUAUUCUUCUAAAAAGUGCAUCGUAAAUACGAAGAAAUACAGUAUAUUCCCCAGCAGAUUGAGAGGAACGGUAGUUCCUCGUACAAGUUAGAAAAACUUGUUUGAAACUACCGAGAGUCUCUGUACAGCUCCAAGAGUUUAGCUGUUUUCACCAUGUUAUCAUCCCCCCAUCUCGAGAAUGGUGCUGUUUAAUAUCUCCAGUCCCUUUUCCAUCUCCACUAUCACCCCCCCUCGAGAAUGGUGCUGUUUAAUAUCUCCAGUCCCUUUUCCAUCUUCACUAUCACCCCCCCUCGAGAAUGGUGCUGUUUAAUAUCUCCAGUCCCUUUUCCAUCUCCACUAUCAUCCCUCGCCCCCCUCGAGAAUGGUGCUGUUUAAUAUCUCCAGUCCCUUUUCCAUCUCCACUAUCACCCCCCCCUCGAGAAUGGUGCUGUUUAAUAUCUCCAGUCCCUUUUCCAUCUCCACUAUCACCCCCCCUUGAGAAUGGUACUGUUUAAUAUCUCCAGUCCCUUUUCCAUCUCAACUAUCACCCCCCCUUGAGAAUGGUGCUCUUUAAUAUCUCCAGUCCCUUUUCCAUCUUCACUAUCACCCCCCCUCGAGAAUGGUGCUGUUUAAUAUCUCCAGUCCCUUUUCCAACUCCACUAUCGCCCCCCCUCGAGAAUGGUGCUGUUUAAUAUCUCCAGUCCCUUUUCCAUCUCCACUAUCAUCCCUCGCCCCCCCCUCGAGAAUGGUGCUGUUUAAUAUCUCCAGUCCCUUUUCCAUCUCCACUAUCACCCCCCCUUGAGAAUGGUGCUGUUUAAUAUCUCCAGUCCCUUUUCCAUCUCCACUAUCAUCCCUCGCCCCCCCCUCGAGAAUGGUGCUGUUUAAUAUCUCCAGUCCCUUUUCCAUCUCCACUAUCAUCCCUCGCCCCCCUCGAGAAUGGUGCUGUUUAAUAUCUCCAGUCCCUUUUCCAUCUCCACUAUCAUCCCCCCUUGAGAAUGGUGCUGUUUAAUAUCUCCAGUCCCUUUUCCAUCUCCACUAUCGCCCCCCCCUCGAGAAUGGUGCUGUUUAAUAUCUCCAGUCCCUUUUCCAUCUCCACUAUCACCCCCCCCUCGAGAAUGGUGCUGUUUAAUAUCUCCAGUCCCUUUUCCAUCUCCACUAUCACCCCCCCUUGAGAAUGGUGCUGUUUAAUAUCUCCAGUCCCUUUUCCAUCUCCACUAUCAUCCCUCGCCCCCCUCGAGAAUGGUGCUGUUUAAUAUCUCCAGUCCCUUUUCCAUCUCCACUAUCACCCCCCCCCUCGAGAAUGGUGCUGUUUAAUAUCUCCAGUCCCUUUUCCAUCUCCACUAUCACCCCCCCCUCGAGAAUGGUGCUGUUUAAUAUCUCCAGUCCCUUUUCCAUCUCCACUAUCACCCCCCCUUGAGAAUGGUGCUGUUUAAUAUCUCCAGUCCCUUUUCCAUCUCCACUAUCACCCCCCCCCCUCGAGAAUGGUGCUGUUUAAUAUCUCCAGUCCCUUUUCCAUCUCCACUAUCAUCCCUCGCCCCCCUCGAGAAUGGUGCUGUUUAAUAUCUCCAGUCCCUUUUCCAUCUCCACUAUCAUCCCCCCUUGAGAAUGGUGCUGUUUAAUAUCUCCAGUCCCUUUUCCAUCUUCACUAUCACCCCCCCUCGAGAAUGGUGCUGUUUAAUAUCUCCAGUCCCUUUUCCAUCUCCACUAUCGCCCCUCCUCGAGAAUGGUGCUGUUUAAUAUCUCCAGUCCCUUUUCCAUCUCCACUAUCACCCCCCCCUCGAGAAUGGUGCUGUUUAAUAUCUCCAGUCCCUUUUCCAUCUCCACUAUCACCCCCCCUUGAGAAUGGUGCUGUUUAAUAUCUCCAGUCCCUUUUCCAUCUCCAAUAUCAUCCCUCGCCCCCCUCGAGAAUGGUGCUGUUUAAUAUCUCCAGUCCCUUUUCCAUCUCCACUAUCACCCCCCCCUCGAGAAUGGUGCUGUUUAAUAUCUCCAGUCCCUUUUCCAUCUCCACUAUCACCCCCCCUUGAGAAUGGUGCUGUUUAAUAUCUCCAGUCCCUUUUCCAUCUCCACUAUCAUCCCUCGCCCCCCUCGAGAAUGGUGCUGUUUAAUAUCUCCAGUCCCUUUUCCAUCUCCACUAUCACCCCCCCCUCGAGAAUGGUGCUGUUUAAUAUCUCCAGUCCCUUUUCCAUCUCCACUAUCACCCCCCCCUCGAGAAUGGUGCUGUUUAAUAUCUCCAGUCCCUUUUCCAUCUCCACUAUCAUCCCUCGCCCCCCUCGAGAAUGGUGCUGUUUAAUAUCUCCAGUCCCUUUUCCAUCUCCACUAUCACCCCCCCCCUCGAGAAUGGUGCUGUUUAAUAUCUCCAGUCCGUUUUCCAUCUCCACUAUCAUCCCUCGCCCCCCUCGAGAAUGGUGCUGUUUAAUAUCUCCAGUCCCUUUUCCAUCUCCACUAUCACCCCCCCCUCGAGAAUGGUGCUGUUUAAUAUCUCCAGUCCCUUUUCCAUCUCCACUAUCACCCCCCCUUGAGAAUGGUACUGUUUAAUAUCUCCAGUCCCUUUUCCAUCUCCACUAUCAUCCCCCCUUGAGAAUGGUGCUGUUUAAUAUCUCCAGUCCCUUUUCCAUCUUCACUAUCACCCCCCCUCGAGAAUGGUGCUGUUUAAUAUCUCCAGUCCCUUUUCCAUCUCCACUAUCACCCCCCCCUCGAGAAUGGUGCUGUUUAAUAUCUCCAGUCCCUUUUCCAUCUUCACUAUCACCCCCCCUCGAGAAUGGUGCUGUUUAAUAUCUCGUCCCUUUUCCAUCUCCACUAUCAUCCCUCGCCCCCCCCUCAAGAAUGGUGCUGUUUAAUAUCUCUAGUCCCUUUUCCAUCUCCACUAUCACCCCCCCCCCCCCCUCGAGAAUGGUGCUGUUUAAUAUCUCCAGUCCCUUUUCCAUCUCCACUAUCAUCCCUCGCUCGCCGCUCCUUCACUGGGACCUUGCUUGUUGAUGGGGCUUCACUGACAAACUGCAGCACACAGGCUUCUGGAAUCUCUUCUGCUUCAAGUUUACCUGCCCAGGGAUUAAGCUGAACAUUUCAUUCAUCUACCUUCCAUUAAAAACAACAACACAGGGAUAUACAUUAGGAGUGACCAGCUCUGUUCCUGAAGUUCUGCAAAUAGUGACCAGGGAAAUGAAUCAUUAAUCACAAUUCAUCUAAUUUAUAUUUCAAUACAGCUACAUUAUAGAAACCCAUGUCAAUAGAAUUCAUCACUAAAUUAUGAUUUAUGACUUUUGAUUAUUGAAUAAUAUUUAUUGGCUUUGUGAAACCUUAUUAUUUGUGAUUACUGUUAUUAUUUGUGUCGUAUACUGAUUUGCUCUUAAUUGUGUUGUGAUUCUUGAAAUAUGUAUAUUUAGUGGCCCUGGAUAAGGACAU